GCUGAUUCUAGCCCAUCAGCCCGCCGGCCCAUCACUCCACAGUCCACACGUCGUAGUCCUCCUAGCAGUCUUUGAGCGAGCUCUGAAUGCCUGGCCGAGCGCCUUGAACGUGUGAGGGGCGGAUCCAAGUCAAGCGUCACGACGAGAUCCCAUCCAUCCAGACCGAGUGAUUCUUCACUGGUAGCAUCAUCAUGGACGGUUCGCUAGACCAUGUGGCCACCACUGCCGUGGAUUUGACGGAUGGCGACGCCUUCCUCACGGUGGACAUUUCUGACGCCUUGUCCGAGCGAGAUUGGGUCAAGUUCACCGUCCAUAGCAAGACCUCCAUGAGCGAAUUUACCAAGGGCGAAUUUUCCGUUAUCCGACUUCAUGAGGAGUUCCGUUGGCUGCAUGAUACUUUCAAUGAAAACCGCGAUUACGAGGGAUACAUCAUCCCACCCGCCCCGCCCAAGCCGGAUUUUGAUCAGUCCAGAGAAAAGCUACGCAAAUUAGGGGAUGCUGAAGGUAAUCUAACCAAAGAAGAGUUCAAUAAGAUGAAGCAGGAGUUGGAGGCCGAAUAUUUGGCCACUUUCAAAAAGACCGUGGCUAUGCACGAGACGUUUUUGUGUCGGUUAGCCGCGCAUCCAGUAUUCCGUUUCGAUCGAAACCUUCACAUUUUCCUCGAGUUUGACAAAGAACUCAAUGUUCGCGGCAAGAACAAGAAGGAGAAAUUGGCUGAAAUAUGGUCAUCCUUCCACAAGUCCGGCGAUGAGUUGUUAUUGGGCAACACUCUCAAAGAUGUUGAUGAGUUCUUUGAGAACGAGCGUAACUUCAUACUCGAUUAUCAAAAUCAGUUGCGCGACUCCACCAUCAAAUCUGAUAAAAUGAUAUUGUUGCAAAAAUAUCUGGCAGACAACUACAUCAAGAUCUCCCAAGGUAUGACUGAGCUCUCUUCCCUAAAUGAUGCAGAUUUGGCCGGUUUCCUGGUGAAAGUGGCCGAGGCCUUGGAAAAAAUGCGUCGCAUUGAUGGCCGCGUCGCCAGCGAUCAGGAUCUGAAAUUAGCAGACACGCUGCGUUAUCACAUGCGCGACACAAACGCUGCCAAAGACUUGUUGUAUCGGCGACUCCGAUGCUUGGCUAAUUACGAGAACGCCAACAAGAAUUUGGAGAAAGCCCGUACUCGAAACCGGGAGGUGAAUGUGGCUGAAAACCUUCAAACCGAGGCUUGUCAACGAUUCGAAAACAUUUCGGCCAAAGCCAAGGAUGAACUCAAGCUGUUGCGAACGCGUCGGGUGGCUGCUUUUCAGAAGAGCCUCACGGAGUUGGCCGAAUUGGAGCUCAAGCACUCCAAGGCUCAUGCCCAAAUGUUAAGGACCACGAUUUCGGCCUUGAAGGCCGACCUUUAGAGGAUCUUCAAAUUCAUUCCUGCCCAUCGUGAUAUCCCAAGUACGCAGCGUAAAGCCCUUAUGAUUAUCAUCAAGAUCCUCCAUCUCCGAUAUCCCCCCCUGAGGGAUGGCAUCGGGAAUGAGUCUACAGAUAUGUUAUUUUUUCUACAAAUGUCUAUUUGAGUUCAUUUUUCAACAACUAUUGCAAUAUAUGAUUAAUAGAUGACCAAAACAAG